AUGGCCGAUUGGAAUGAUGAUAGAAAGUUUGAAGUGAGUGCGAGUGUAUAAUUUUCACAUUUUUCAUAAUCAUCUUUCCAGGAGUCGAUCAACACAGAUCAGUUUAUCAAAGAGAUUUCGCAGGAUCUUCUAGAGAACCAAGAUAAUAGAAGUGAGACUUUUCGUAUUGUUUUCUGUUACAAUUUGUGUAUUAUUCAGAUAAUAAUUAUGCAUCCAGUCCAAAACAAAAAUCUCAACCGUUCGAUCUCAAUUCUUACUACAACAGAAACUCUGAGGUUUGAAUUUUGCUAAUGAUGAAUAGUCGCAAUAAUUGUUUGUUUUGUAGAGACAACCACAGCAACAACAACAACAAAUGCAAAUACAAGCGCGACAAUUACAAGAUAAUCAAAAAUCGAAAGUGGAUAUCGAUCAUUUGAAAACGGUGGUUCAAAACACAGCUCAUUUCAAUAAAAUGAAGGAUAGCAGAUUGUUGUCCGAAUCGAGGAUUGCAAUGGGUGAAUUGGAUUCAGAUUGGAAAUAAAAAUUUGAACAAGUUAUUUCAGAUAGAAGAUUCGACCAUGAGAGUGAAGCAAACGAGCAUGCGUUUCAAAAAUUUGUUUGUGUCAAUUCACAGAUUCCCAUCAAAGGAAGAGGAAAUUCGUUUGGUCAAAUGAGAAGCUCGGUAAGCUUAAGUUCAAAAGAGGCCGUGAAUCGUGAUCGAAUUUUUAGGAUCAAUAUGUAUCAAUCGGUGAUGAGGCCAUUUCCAAUUUGGAUGAAAGAGUGAGUUUCGCAGUAGAAUAUUUAUUCUGCUCUUUCCACUUCAGGAGAAUGAACUGAUGAAUUUACAUGAAUCAUCAUUUUUCAGCCUUCAAGUCGUCAAUCCAUACACAAACCAUUUCCAAUUCGAGAAUCGUCAUAUGGGUCUUCUCAAUCUCAGGAAUUCGCGAAUCCACCAGCUGCUUUUCGACAAGUUGCUCCACCUAUUGUACAGAAGUCGUACUAUAAUAAAUACGAUUCAACAAUGAGUGGGACUCCGCAAAAGCAACCCAUAUCAGUCUCAAGAAUUCGAUCCCAAGAUGAUAAAAUGGAUACUUAUAAUGUUAAUGCUAUGCGAUCUGCCUUACCGAAUUCUUGGUCGACUGAACCACAACAACAAACCCGUCAACAAUUCGAUGAUAGAUCUGUACAAAGUCCAUUGAGAAAAAAUCAUUGGAGUUUCGAAAAUCAUCAAUCCAGCAGAACUUCUUUCAAUGGAAGAGUUGAGACGGAGAAUGUUGUCAACGGAGUGAAUGGAAACGCCCCAGAGUCGUCUUAUCGCCGAAACGAUGGUCCGUUUUAUUUUUCUGUUCAAUCUGCUAGGGUCAAUCUAUUGAAAUUCUUGUAUUUUAAGCAGAAAUUAAGAAUCGAUAUAAUUUUCCAAAUAGCUUUAAUUUCAGAUAAAACGCUGUCGAAUGCACGCCCAGUGAGUCAUGGAUAUUAUCAAGUAUAUUUGUGUGGAGAAACUAGAAACGAUGCGAUCGCAAAUAGAAUUGAGUAAGUCUCUUCUCCAUCAGACACAUCAAAAUAACUCAAAUAUUUUUCAGGAAAACUCUACGCCUCACUGAGAAUCCACCGAAAUUUUAA